GCAGGGGAAAAAAUUAGAGAAAAUUGCGCAAUGAUUAAAACUGUGGUGAGCCAUGAGCAUGCAUUGCUCACGCUGGCAAAAUACCACGUGACAUCUUUCCACUCACUGCUCGUUGACAAGGCACCUUAAAAAGGUGUAUUCUUUUAAAAUCUUUCAUUGUUAGUCGCACCGUCGUACCUGUACGGGUGAGCCAUGUAUUGGAAGUUGACUUUGCUAAUUUUGGUCUCGGUAUUCCAGCUUGAUCAUGGACGAGCUCAGCAAGGAUGCUCCAACAUUCCUAACAGUCUUCGCUUCGACUGCUACCCGGAAGGCGACGCAAACGAACAAUCUUGUGUGAACCGUGGAUGUUGCUGGGCCAAACCAACCAUUGAGGAGGAGAACGUACACGUACCCCUCGAUAUACCAUAUUGUUUUUAUCCAAACGACUAUGGUUAUCAAGUUGUGAACAAGGAGAAGACUCAAACUGGAUAUCUGCUGAGUCUCACAAAGAAAGGUCAUCCGGGACCGUAUGGAAAUGAAAUCGAAAAUUUGGCGGUGGAUGUUCGCUUCGAGACCAAAGAUCGACUACAUUUCAAGGUUUGAAAAUUCAAUUUUCCAACUCACUGAGCUCACGUUGUUGCCUCGAUUUUGUUGUACAUGUGGUUUAAUUUCGUUCCUGUAAUUAAUAUGUCGCGUGACCUGAGCUCGAACGUUUAAUCACAGAUGUUUGUCAUAAACUUAUCUCGUUGUCCAAGUGUACGUGUAAGCUUGAGUUUGCAUUAUUGGUUACGUACAAAGUUAAAUGAAAAACAAAAUUGAAUUAAACGGCAAACCAAACAAAUUGAACAAGCUCUACUGCAUUUGCUUUCAAAAAACCUUCCCAUAAGAGUUAACAUCUCAUGAUCGUCUUGUGAUCACCAAGGGGUCAAACCUCAUGUUUACUUUUAGAUGUUGCUUCCUGUAAAGUUUUUUUUUAUCAGUCUCACUCUAAUGAAAAAAACGAAUUCCUCCACGUUACAUGUAACUGUUAGACUAAAGCUGGCCCAGACUGUCAGAAUCAUGGAAAUUAUAUUUCAAACUUUUUUUUUUUUUUUCAAUUUUUAAGGAGUAAGGCCUCUGUUCUUUGCAAAUCUCAUGAAGACAUGGAUUUUCUUUUUUGCAUUACUUCAACCAGAACUCACCAUGUUAAAUUUUGCCUCUAAUAGCUACUUCAAUAUUUGUGCUUGUUAACUGCAUUGUGUAGUUUUGGGCCUUUUAAAACAAAAGGAAAGCUUGAGACAACUUGCCUUUUUUUUUUUUUUUACAUUAAUGAUGGUCCUUUUUGUUGUUAAUAUAAACUAAGAAGCCAAAUUCAGUUGCAUGUUAUCAGGAAAAGCCCAAUUUAAUAUUUCCAAUCAUCUGUUACCACCCAUGAAGCAUUAUAAAUUCAGAGUAAAGAUUCCUUUUUAACCCUAUAACUCCCAAGAUCUGAUUGUAUAUUCCCCCCUCUAGUUGUUAUGCAUUUCCUUGUAAAUAGGUUGCAAGAAUUUGGUGUUAGAUCGAGAUAAAAACUUCUUCCUGAUAAGUUUGAGUAUUCUCAUUACCUUUUUGUCAGAUGAUGAAUGAAUAUUAUAGGGGGAGAAGAUACAUGAUAAUCACUUCUCUGAGUUAAAGGGUUAAACCAGGAAGGUUUGUCAGUUUAGUUUCUCAUUUAACCAAUGAACAGUCAAUAUUAAAUUUUUCUAACAUUUUUGGUGUUGAUUAAAAAUAUUUUUUCCUGUGUACUGUAUGUACAUUCAUAGGUCAUAAAUAAUAUAUAUCGAAGAAAAUCUCCAGCAUUUGAAAAGUAAAACAAUAUCCUAAAUUCCCCGAGCUAAAAAAGUGGGAAAGCCUGACCUCUGUGUUUCAGGUGUUAAUAGCAGUCUUUAAGAUUUGAUUAUUAAGUCUCCCCUCCAGCAGCUAGACAUUUCCUUGUAAUUUAAUUGUAAGAAUUUGGUGUUUGAUCAAGAUAACAACUGUAUGGAUAUUAUAGGGAGAAAUUAUAUGUUAAUCACUUCUGGGAAUUAAAGGAAUAAAUUCUUGCAGCUCCUCUCGAUUUUAAAGAAGGAUCUUUAAAUACAGAAGAAGUCUUUUCUAACUAUACUCCUCCUUUAUACUGAAACGAUGCAAGUAACCUUUUUAUGGCAAUAAUAGAAUGUGUUUGCUAUGUAAUGUGCAAUGUACAUGAUGGACAUACAUCAAAUGUAAUCUUCAUUUUUAUUUCUUCUGGUAUAUUUUUCCAGGUGUAUGAUCCAAAUAACAACAGAUAUGAGGUUCCUAUUGUGACACCAAAAGUUGAAACAGAAGCAACCUCACUGGACUAUUCUGUUACUGUCACUAACUUUCCAUUUGGGAUUGCUGUUACAAGAAAAUCUUCAGGAACUGUUGUGUAAGUUUCCUCAAAGUGAAUUGUUUGUGCUCUUUGGUUAGACAGUCUGUACUGCUUCGAUAAGGAAAUGAAGAAUUGAAGACAGCUGACAUGUUCAUUAACCUUUUCACCUCCAAGAUCUUAUUAGUAAAUAAUGUAAUUCUCUUACUGUCUUCCAUACAAAUCUUAAGAUGUUAUUUGGAAAUAUUUGAUAUUCACUGGAUCAACUAACAAUCCCUUAAUUGAUUUCUUUUUUAAUUCUCAUCAUCCUUCUGCUUAAUAUUGUAAUGAUAUUGUAACGAGAAAUUCUGUCUUGGUCACACACAGGAAUGAAAAGGAUAAUAUCUGUAAAGUGUUAGCAAAUACGUGAGCAACUAUGCACAAAAUUGCAUGCUACGAAUAAAUUUUUGAUAGCCCUGGGGUGUUUUUUCAUUCAGAGGAGUACACUUCUAAAAACCCUUUAUCUAUGCUUUUAAGUUUUAACAGCUCAGUUGGAGGAAUGACAUUUGAGAAUCAGUUCCUUCAGAUGUCUUCUCUGUUGCCCUCAGAUGUUUUAUAUGGUUUGGGCGAACAUUCAGCUCCAUUGUUACUUGAUGUCAAGUGGCAAAGAGCAUCACUGUUUGCAAGGGAUGUGGCAACUCCUGAGGUACGUAGAGAAACAGAAUUUUUGUUAACUACUUUUGCCUCUUUUAUAUAUUAAUGAUAAUGAUAGCUAGUACAAAACAGUAUGUGGGAUGCUUUAAAUUGCAUUCCCCUACCCAAAAUGUGAAAUUAAAUGGCAUGGUGGCAGCUGAUUAUGUCAAGUGCAGUUGUUUGAGCAGGGAAAAGUGUAAAAAAGGGGUUUUUUACCUGGAUUCAAUUAGAACACUAUUUUUUCUGAACACUGAUUUUUUGUUAGGGAUUCAACUACAAUUUGUAUGGUGUUCAUCCAUUUUACGUUUCAUUGGAAAGAGAUGGAAAUGCUAAUGGAGUCUUUCUUUUGAACAGUAAUGCUAUGGGUAUGUAUUGUAACUGAGCUAGGCUUGAAUUAAGUUGUUUAAUAUUUUAACUAAUUGGUAGUUAAUCAGUUGUAUUGGAAACUUUUAUCAGUGACAUGGUUAACUCACAAACUCAAAAUUCAUGAUGAGACAUGUGACAUUUGAAUCUUCAUUCAUUAAGUUAAAUGCUGAAUAAAAGCAUCAAAGUUCUACUCCAAAAAGGAUCUCAGGGCUUCUUGUUCAAGAAACUGAGGUGCUAAGCUUUUAUAAAUUCAUUAGGGCAGCACUAUAAUGAUUCAAUUUAUUGUAGCUCCCUGGAUACUUAUUUAUUUUUGGUACUUAAGAGAGAACUUAUUUGGAACAGGGUGCUUAUUGGGGACAGGGUUUUUAUUUCUUUUUUGAGAAACAGCAGAAUGUGAAAUGGUUCAUCUCAAUAUACAUGUACUCUAACAGUGCUAUUAUUGGAAUGGGGGGGCUUAUCAGAAUGAGGGUCCUUACUCAAUGGGGGCACUUAUUCGAAUUACCAAAAAAAAAUUUGUGGGGGGUGCUUAAUUAUUAGAAAGGGAUCUCUUAUUGGAAGGAGGGUGCUAAAUCAAAUCAUCAUCAUAAUGUUAUACGCAGAAGCAGACAUAUGAAGUAAAGGCUCUGUGUAAUGUUUUUAUAAGUAUCAUGAUAACUUAUCCUAUUACAUCCUAAAACAUCAGUAUGCAUAUAUUCUCCUCACUGUUCUGACAAAGAGAACUUGUUUGACAAUCAAGAUGUUCUUUUGCUGGUGAUCAUUUCCUUCAUUCUCAUGACUAUAAUGUGUGAUUCAGGGUUGAUGUUAAUUUUAAGGAUUAACUAGAUGCUAGUCACUCAUAGGGGUCACCAAAGGGAUAAGGUUCUUGUCUAGUAUGGGCCUCACAAUUCUUUAUCAAAUCAUGAAAGCACAUGCUUUCAUCAUGUGUUGUGAACUAAACUGUUUGAAUUAUUCUGCUCUAUAGACAUUGUUCUGCAGCCUACACCUGCCAUAACAUUCAGGACAAUUGGAGGAGUACUGGACUUUUAUGUUUUCCUUGGGCCUACCCCAGAUCUAGUUGUCCAGCAGUACACAGAGGUGUAUUAUAUUUUUUUGCAAUUUGAUAACUAGAUAUAAAAAGAUAAUUUAUGAAUAGUUGAAAGACUAAAUAAGAACAUAAAAAAUGGGAAUUAACUAUAAACUCUGGAUUGCACAGACACAAUUACUUUUUAGGCAGAGGGUUUAAUUGUGGCUCAAAGAGAACACUCAGGGCUAGUUAUUUAAACAAAGUUUAGCCGUUGUUCAACAAAACUUGUUUUAAACUAUCUUGAAUUAAGAUGAAUCUUUUCUCUGAACAGUUUUUUUUGCGAACAGUGUCAAGAGGGCUGAAAAUUGGAAGGACAUUUACUUAAUGAAAAAAGGACCCUCUUUCAGAGAAUACCUAAGGCCCCCUGCUUGGGUAAAAAUGCUGUUUGGGUUUGAUCUUGUGAAAAUAACGGGCCCUUAAUGUUGACAUAAAUUUAAAGUGGUUAAAAAUCCAUCUGAUAAGAGACCAACAAGUAAGCUAUGGAAAAGGAACAUCCAGAGAAAGUCAAAUACGGUAUAUAUAUAUAUAUAUAUAUAUAUAUAUAUAUCUAUAUAUUUCACAUACCACAUACAGGUCAAAGGUAUGAUUCAGUAUAUAUGUAUCUUUUUUUUGAGAAAUUGGCCCCUGUGAACUUUUAUCUGGGAGGUGCACUAGUUUAAGGCCUGAAUUAUUUUUCAGACUUAAAAUUCCUGCAAGUUAUUUGCUUUACUUCUUUCUGGCUGCAAGAAUCAACUUCUAUUACCCAUGCCACCUAUAACUAACCACUAAGAUCAGUACUUCUUUUUAUAAAAUAUUAGGUUGUAGGGAGACCAACCAUGCCACCAUAUUGGGGUCUUGGAUUUCACCUGUGUCGCUGGGGAUAUGGGAGUUUAAAUGGAACAGAAACAGUAAAUGCAAACAUGAGGAGGUAUGGGAUUCCACAGGAUGUCCAAUGGAAUGAUAUCGAAUAUAUGGACAGACACUUGGAUUUUACUGUGGAUCAAAGCAAAUGGAGUGGGUUGGGUGAUUUUGUGAAGAAAUUACAUAACAACUAUCAUCAACACUACAUACCUAUUGUGGUAAGUUGCUUUUUUGUACAUUUUACGAAUGAGGAAAGCAUACAGAAAGGUGUUUUUUCGUCUUGUCACAAGGACAUAUAUAGGCAUCUUCAAGGGUUCCCAAGUAAUCAAGUCCAAUCAAGUUUACCGUAGCAAUCUCGUUUUCAGGUACUCAUCCCAAGGAAGACGGGGAAAGGAGAGACCCUGAAAUCACGUUCGUCUCGUUUUUGAUAUGAUUACAACUCUUGUUGAAAUCGUCUUCCCGAGAAAGUUUUUAUAAUGCCAAAGAUACGAUUCUGAGAAGCUCUUUAUACCUCCCUCCUCGCUCCAGUUUCCCCUGAAUCUCAGCCCAUAAGCCCAAUCGAGGAAAUUUGAAACCCACGGCCUUGAAGCUGCGCGUAAGGCUCGCUGGGAAAGUGGAACUUUCCCCCUCUUAAAGCAUCCUUGUCAAUUUCGUGAGGGAAACUCCAAAGCAGUUUUCUCAAACCGUUUGGGAGUUCAUGCGGUAUGUCAUUAAUUUUUUUUCAAAUUUAUUUUUUUCAGGAUCCAGGUAUAAGUUCCGAACAACCCGCAGGCCAGUAUCGACCAUAUGACAUUGGCCGCAGCAUGGGCGUGUUUGUCAGUUCAUCCAGUGGUGAACCUAUUAUUGGCAAGGUUUGAAAACGAAGGCUUUUGUUAGUAUGCCGAUUUGAAUGUGGUUUUUGUGGAGGUCGAGGAGGAGCGACUUUUGAUUGAGUGUCGAUAAAGUAAUCCAGGAUUUCCUUGGUUUUGCUUCAUUUCGCUCCGUGAUUAGAAAACUCGUUGCCACUUUCUUAGCCAAUCAGAUUUGUUCUUUUAAUCGCUUUCACCGUGAAGGUGCGGGACACACAACAGAGCGAGGCUCCAAAUUAUGUGUGCCCUUAAGAGAGGCUCUGUGAAAGUUAAGUGUCUUGCCCAAGUACACAACGCAUUGACCCGGCCAGGUCUCAAACCCGGGCCUCUCGACGCGGAGUCCAGUGCACUGACCAUUAGGCUACUGCGCCUCCGAGAUUCAGAUUAAAACCAGUCGCUUCUUGGUCACUCAAGUUUUCCCGCGCUUGAGGGAGUUUGUUUUUCUUUUACUUUGUGGCCCCAUCGGCUCCUUGUGUUUGUUUGUAUUUCUAUUUUCAUUGGUCAGAUUGGCUGCUGUGAUCACUAUGGUUUUUCUUUUUCGACACUCGACCAAAAUAAGCUCCAUAACAACUGACAAACUUAUCUUCAGGGGAAGACUGCAAUUAAAGCCAUUGUAGAAAAGAAGUCUACUAUGUGAGACGAACGAUGGUACUUCGUCGCCAUUAUCGACAAUUUAACAAUUACUUUGAGAGUUUGGGAUUUCAAUCGCUUGAUAGUCGAUGAUGACGAACCCCACACCAACUGUCAUGCAUAGAAAUAGAGAGAAAGUAAUGAAUAACACGGAAUAAAUAGCGAGUGGCAAAGCCAGUCGGAUUGCAGUAUUUGUGAUAGAACGGUUGUAGAUUUUCACAUUGCACUCAUAUUCCACACAGGUAUGGCCAGGAGAGACUGUCUUUCCAGACUUCACUUACCCAGUGACGCAGUCGUACUGGGAUCAGAUGCUGACCGAGUUCAGGGAACUCGUCGAAUUUGACGGACUUUGGAUCGACAUGAAUGAACCAUCAAACUUUGUUGAUGGCUCAACUAAGGGAUGUCCAGAAACUUCCCUGGAUAAUCCACCUUAUGCGCCUCACGUGUUAGGAGGCACUCUCAAAGGCAAGACUUUAUGCAUGUCAGCCAGACAUCACAACUACUCUCAUUAUGAUGUCCACAGUUUGUAUGGACUCACAGAAGCGAAAAACACAAUGAGGUGAUCAGAGUUUUAAUAAAACCCUUCCCACCCCACCCCCCGAAAAAACAAAAACAAGAACAAAAACAAACAAAAAACCACAAAAAAAACCCCAGAAAAAAGUGAUAGAUUACACCUUGCCAUGUGUUUGUUCAGGAGUAGGUCAAACUAAAAUAGUCUCCUUCGCAUGUCACGCAACGUGGGUGGGGAGGGGGGCACAUCCUAAAGAACGGCCGUGAAGGAAGUUUAGGUCAAAUUUGAAGUCCAAAAUCCUGUGAGAACCCAAAACUGAAAGGGGAACAAAAAGCUUUCGUUUUAACUACAUUUUCUGUUCUUUGCUUUAUGACCGAAGAAGGUACAGGAAAUGGAGCAUAUUUUCUUCAUGCAUGGUCAAGUUCCUGAUUAUUUCAAGCUUUUCUCAUAGCCACUUCUCAAACUAAACUGAAUUAGCUUACCCCCUGUCCCAGAAACUGGCCUUACUUCAGCGGAACCAUGAUCUUCUUUGCGCUUUAACGUUCAUUUUCUUGUUGUAUUUGUCAUAUAGUGCGCUGGAGAAAAUCCGUGGGAAGCGGAGUGUUGUGAUUUCACGUUCAACAUUUCCCAGCGCUGGUCUUCAUGGAGGUCACUGGUUAGGCGACAACACUGCUUCGUUCAAUGAUUUAUAUCUCUCCAUACCAGGUAAAUGCGUGUGAUUUAAAUAUACUGAAAGGUUAAAACAAAAUUAAUUCAGAACAGCGACAAUCUACGCCAGCCAAAUUUGAAUAAUGCGACUUUGUUUUUGCUGCUAAGCCUGGUGCCUGCACUAAUCCUGAACACAAAUGAAGUUUUUGGAAAGCGUUAAUUUCACUGCCCCUUGUAUUUUUUAACGGGUGGCAUGCUGAUGUUUGGGCCAGCAAGUCGCUAAACUUUUUGCACGCCUCAAAAGACGGUUGAGCAUUUCUAGUGCCGGUAUUGUUGGGUUUUUUUAAUUUCCCGACCGCGCACGGAAGAAAUUUAAAGUCUUUCUUUCAUUUCCGGCGCUUUUGAAUUAAUCCAGCCGAACGACGACAGUUCAAGAGACACGUACACUUUAUUUUCUGUUGUAGUGUUUUUCAUUAAGUACUCUUCGGAAAAUCCACAGGUAAGCUUGUCAUACGAUAUGUCGUGCGUCAUGGUUAAAACCCUCUUUUAUGUACCAAGUUUAGGAUUGCGUUAAAUUCUCUUAUACUUACGUUAGCCAUUAUUGCCUUUUUCAAAGCGACGUUGAAAUCAGCCACAGAUCAGAAAAGAGGACCAGUUUUAAGAUAAAUGUCUUGUAUAUCAGAUAUUAUGAACUUGUAAACUUUGAAACUAUCUUGGAAGCAACAUCCAAAUAAUAACUUGUCUCCGGAGAACACGCACAAUGUACUGGGCAGCCAGUGGAAACUCCAUUCUAGGUGACAGCAUCCCGUAGGGAAGGGGAUGUUUUCAGAAUUAAUUUUACAACAACUGCAUGCUUCUCCAUUCCCAACCAGUAUCGAGUUUUCGUUGAUUUCUUCCACAGGAAUAUUAAACUUUAAUUUGUUCGGCGUUCCACUGGUCGGAGCAGAUAUUUGCGGGUUUAACGGAAACACCAACAAAGAACUGUGUGGAAGAUGGAUGCAACUUGGAGCUUUCUAUCCAUUCUCGAGAAACCACAACACCAUUAAUGCCAAUGUCAGUAAAUUUAGAGAGAAUAUAUUAAUAGUUCAGAUGCCUGUUUGUGGGUUUGAUAUGUAAGAUGCGUUUCAAAGAUUUUAAUCGUGGCUGGCACAGGUCAGGAAAAAUUUUUCAAGAUCAGGGAAAAGUCAGAGAAUUUCACUUUGAGUCGGGGAAAGUUUACAUCUUUGUAAAAGUUGGAGAAAAAUGAAAUUUCGAGUAAAUAGGAAGUUGUUUAUCUAGUCGAUCUUGGCCCCCCUUUAUAGGGAAAGAUGGUAAGAUGGUUAACACUUUCCUUUUGUGAUGUCGAUGCUACCAGUGUAUAUUGUACCACUGUUUAGAACAGUUGACUUAGAUUCUUGAUCAGCAUAUCCUUCCCUUUGUCAUGCAAGUUCGAGUUGGGUUAUGAAUAUGAACACGAAUGAAUGAAUGAAUUUUUCUUCUUCAAUUUCAUUGUUUUAUAACAUUUCGCAACAGACAAGAAAGGUGUUGGAUUGAUAUGAUUUAGUUUAAUGAAAUAUAACGACCAGCUGAUUUGGAUUUCCAAGAAAAUCAGUCCUUCUUCCAUGUAACAGAAAGGACUAUGAAUUCGUGUACACUGGAAGUGCCUCACUGAAAGUAUGAGGAGGAUGGCUGUGGGUGGGGGACUGAGGAGGAUGGUGUGGGUGGGGGAUAAGGAGGAUGGCUGUGGGUGGGGUUGGGGGUGGGGGGCCAUCAUCAGGAAUCGUUCGUGAAAUUGUUAAUUGGAAAUUAAUUGGGGAAGGGGGAAGGGAGCUGGCGCAUUUUGGUUUGGUCACGAUAAUAUUUACCUACUCCCCCCAUAGGAUCAUAAGAAUAUUACAGAGCCCUAUGGGGGUUCAUAAGGAAAAGAGGGAUUAUGAGAAAAUCCUCCACCGCUCCCCUUCCCCCCCCUCCCCCUGCGCUAAAUUAUGACUGGUCCCUAACAACACAACAAUCCCUUUUCUCAGUCGAAACACAUUUUCUUUUUCUGUUCUUAGCCUCAGGACCCUGCUGCCUUUGGAGACGACUUUGCGCAUAUGGCACGUGACGUGUUACUAACCCGUUAUGCAUUGUUGCCGUAUUUGUAUACGUUGUUUGCGCAUUCGCACAUGCGAGGAAGUGCCGUGGCUAGGCCUCUUUUUUACGAGUAAGUAAACACUGAAUACCAAAAUUGCUCUCACGACAGGUUUGCUUGCAGUAUCAGUGUCACUUACGAUUGUGUGAAAAUUGAGGAAUGAGGCUUAUGUUUCGAUCCAAAACAUUCGACUCAUAUUUCACAAUUACUGUUAAUUCAUUUAAAAUUUUUUUAACGCCAGUCAGAUGUGAAUACCCCCGCUACUUCUCUCUUUUGUGUCUCAUCUUCAAUUUAGCCGAACCUUUAAUCUGAACAUUUAUUUCUGUGAACAGUGUCACGAGGGCCGGAAGCUAAGGACAUUUUUUUAAUGAAAUCAACCCUCUUAUAGAGAAUCCCUGAAGCCCACUGCUUGCGUAAAACCGCGGUCUGAGUCAGACCUCGUGUAAAUAAUCGGCCCUCAAAGUUUCCCCGAACUUCAUUCCUUAAAUUGUUAUCAAAUGCCUAGACAGGUCACUGUUGAUAUUAGUGGUCGGGGGAAAUCUAAAUUAACUUUAAUGACCCUCUUUCCUUCCCGAUAUGUCUAGAUUUCCAAGUGACAGUCAGACAUAUGCUAUUGACAAGCAGUUCCUCCUUGGUCCAGCCUUGCUGAUAACACCCGUUUUAACACAGGUAUGUGCACGUGAUCAACUUUAGUGUUCAUGAUUCUCUUCCAGUUUCUUUUGAAUCGGUCAGAUUCAUCUACAUUUAAAACAACUUAUAAUGUAUUUAGAAGGGAAACACUCACACAAUUCAAUUGGGUGAAAAGUACGCUUCAUCUCGUGAACUAGUUCUUUACCAUAAAAAAAUUUUAAAUUGAUCUGUAAGAAUUGCACACAAGCUGGCUUAAGUCAUCAAGGACUCGAGGAAUAAUCAAGCACGUGAUAUGAUUUAUUUAUUUAAAGGGAUCUACAUCCGUCACUGGCUAUUUUCCAGAUGCCACCUGGUAUGAUGGAACAGAUGGUUCUAUUCUACAGACACAAGGUGGUAAGACUCACACAUUAUCCGCCCCCUGGGAUAAAAUCAAUUUUCACUUCAGAGGAGGAUAUGUGAUACCAACGCAAAUGCCAAACAUCACCACAUAUUACAGGUAACGCAGCGCAAUAUGCGUGACAAUAGAUUACGAACACUUCCUUCUUUUCGCGAAGUCAUCGAAAAAAGUUAGCGCGCCGCUCUGGCAUUUUCACUGACAUUUUUUUUUUGGACUCGUGCGAUGGACCUCGCCCAAAAGCGGGGCUGCUCGGCGUCAUCGUGACAACUUCGUGCCUAUUUUUUAGAAUUAGUGCCAAUUUUUUAGAAUUAAUUCCUCGUAAUCCUCAACAACUGUUGGUUCAAGUCUUUUCUGUUUAUUGCUGUGUUUGUUUGUCUAUUUAUUCGAUUCUUCCAUUUGUAUCGCAGCCGUCAGAAUCCAUUCCAGUUGACCGUCUGUUUGUCGUCGUCCGGGGAGGCCAUGGGAGACCUGUUUUAUGAUGACGGAGAGUCUCUGGGUAAGGUUUGAACAAAAGGAAGUACGUCCUACCAAUAAGAAAGCAAAGUAGUCCCUAGUUCAACGCAGGUAGUACACAUCAUGUGUUUGUUGUAUGCUUUUGAGUGCUAUGAAUAUCAUUUUUAUUGGUAAGUCACCUCAGGCUUGGUCUUGGUGCUAAUCAUGCUAACCGGAGCAGCUGAGGGUCGGCCUGACUAAACAGCAAACCUGGCGUUCAAGUCUUCUCGGUUGAGCCUCUGUUAAACUUCAGAUGAAAUAGUUUUUUUUCUACCAUGUCAUUCUUAGGUGAUUCGUGUUCUCCUCCAGUGCAAGAUUAUUUUAAUUAUUUCUUUCGUUCCAGAUCCUAUUGUCAGUGCUCCAUAUUUAUACGUGAUAUAUGCAGUUUCCGAGGUCAGUACGUAGAGCGUAAUUCAUUUAAAUGAGGCGAAAUGUAAUUAAGGCAAGGUUACAUGAAGCGAAUGCAGCAGUUUUACUAGCGGGAUGUUUGGGGAAGUGUGUCAUUGCUCUUUGUUUUUUUUGCUCCCUUUGUCCCUCCCAUUCUUCCCUCCUUUAAGAGCUUUUGGUAAGUAAUCAUUUUUAACAACCCCGUUCGGUUUAAAUUUAUAUAUCUUCCGAUACCAUAGCUCGACUCAAAUAAUGUGCGCCGUUAAUGCGAGUUGAAGGUUCUAUUUUGUGGAUUCUGCUAAUUUUUGACUAUAGAAGAGUUUGUUUCUUUUCCUGCCGAGUACACCCCCACUGCCUUGCAAUUUGUUCACUGAAAUAGGAGGAGACAUCGAGACAGUGUUAUGGCAUCAAUAUUCAAGACUCAACACUUUUCUUUGGUUUUGUAUUUUAUGAUUUAUGAAUAUUCUUCUUCUCUUUGGAAACUAUAGACUCGGCUGUGGCGCAAAGUUUGUGUCAAUCUUUUCUCAAUGCAGAUUAAUUAGAUCUAAUUAUGUUUGAAUUUCCUGCAGGGGACGCUUAAAGCAACAGUGGACCCCAAGAGUUCGUACCAUCCCGAACCACUACUGAUGAAUUUGGGAGUGUUUGGUGUCUCAUCAGCUCCCAAGUCCGUUACUGUGAAUGAUCAUCCGAUAGAGAGCUUCUCCUACAGCGCCUCAACUAAGGUUAUUUAUUAACCCCUAGUGAUUAAGAUCCAAUUUCUCCAUACAGUGUCAUUGCUGAAUGAAACAGUUAAAUGAAAAAAUGAAGGAAAUGAUCACCAUCUUGAGACGCUCUAAAUUGUGGGACAAAUUCUCCUUGUCAGUACAAUGAGAAAUGUAUAAGAAACAGUAUGGAGAAUACAAAAACUGAUGUUAGAGACUAAAACGUUAAGAAGUACUUGUAGUUGACAGUUUUGUGUGCACUGGGUCUCUUUGCUUGUUAAAUUCUGUUCAUAUAAUUCACUAGGGCACCGUACGUUUUCCUUGAGUAAGUUCUAAAACAAAAGUCAACAGAAGGUAAAGAUUUGACGAGUAAUGGUUGACGUGUUUGACUCGAGAUUAAACGGUCAAAGUUCACUGCAUUAUGCUCUUGGCUUGGUACUGUGAGUAACUUUAAGUAAAAAAAUUUCGGACAUCUAAUCAUGGGAUGUAGUGGUAACCAAUUAUAAUGAAGAAAUAAUUCUUGUAACUGAGUCCAUCAGUGCCAGGAAAAAUAGAGUUAUUGGGCUGGUGUUGUUGGCCAGUAAAAAAGCAUUUUUCUAAAGUUAUGAAAAGUUUUCAGCCUCACACAUAUUUCGAGAAGUGAAGAAAUGUGCAUGUGGUUUAACAGAUUGGCUUACAUUUUUAGUAACUCGCUGAGCAAUAGGAUGAUUGAACGACCAACGGAUUGACAGACGGAAGAGCAGGAGGAUUGAGUGUCUAACUGCUUUACUAUUGUUGUGUUCUUUCUGGUUAGGUGGUUAAAGUAACCGAUCUCAAGCUACCCAUGGACAAAGGCUUCACUAUCCAGUGGUCAUGAAAAAAUGACGCGAUCCGGCAAGGCAGCUUCAAGAAGGGCGAAGAGUUAGAAUCCACUUGCGAAAUAACGAAUUGUAUUUUUCUACAAUUGAAGGAAAUGAUCCUGUUUUCUUGUCAUGGCAGUUUUCCUGAGUCGUUCUUAUUUUGGGAGAGAUUUUAAUCUAGCGGUCGUUCAGCAAAGGAUAACUUUUCAAGUUGAAGCCCAAAUCCCGAAGUUAUCCAGUUUAAAUGAUAUUAUAAAAUUAAAAGUUUAUUAGUUGAAUUCACAAUUUUGGAAUUUCGUUAAUGAGGCAUUAGAUGCCAUUCUUAGGGAUGAGAUCUUAGCUCAUUUUUUUAUCGAUGUGAAUUAAUAUUAAAAGCAUUUUUUUAACAAAAAAGGGUUUUUUAAGAAUUGUGACUGAAAUUUAGUUUUCAAUAAGGCAAUUAUGGCGUAGAGUUUAAAAGAAUGUUCAGUUACAAUGAUCAAAUAAAAAGUUGUUUUAGUGCUUUUAGAAGAUGAUUGUCCCAGUUUUGUGUAAUUGGUUUAGGUGUCAGUGCACUAGAGAUCGCUUAUUGCAACAGCUUACAGUUUCUUGGAGUGCAUAGGAGCGUAUGAAUGGAUUCACUUGUUCCUGGUGCCAGUACCUUUCAUCAAUACGAAAAACAGGGAAAUAACAGACAUCUUUGGUUUCUCUCUCUGUGGUUUUCUAGUUACUAUAUGACAGUGUUCUUGUAAGUGGGAAUUUCUAAUUUAGACCGCACAGUACUUUUAAUCGAUCUGUUGACUCGAAUGCGAAAACUGAUCAUGAGUCGUGUAAACCACGCAUAUGUAAAAAAGAAAGUAUGAAUUUGGCAUUAAGGGUAGAUCAGGGUAAACAACAUGGCAACAUAGCCAAUCGGAUUGUCCUGUUCUGUCAGAUCCUCGAAUAUUUCAUAUCUCAGAUGGGCUAAAAUGGUGGACAGGGAUCAACCAUUGACCAGAGACAUAAUCCAAGGGUAUUGGAGCAGCUUAAAGGUGAACUAUUCAGGGAUUAAAGAUCUGUCGACAUUUUAUUACAGCUUGAAAAAAAUGUCAGGACAUAGAGGGAGAAGUUAUUGUUACAAUAGACUCAGUCAGACCAGUAUGACAGAACUCCUUUUAUUUUUUUUCGUUAAAGUGUGAUUAUUGCCUUUUACGCGCUGAUUUUAGACCGUCAAAAUGCUUAACCCACGACGUAACGGUUUGAAAUCGAGACACUCGAACGGCUUUUAAAUCAAUGAUCAUUACGGAAUUUCUAGGACACAUUUUGAUCUAAAAGAAAACUUUUAGGAAUCAUAAUAUGCCUGUUGUAGUUCAGAACGUAUUUUCUCACGGUGCACACUUGAAGAAACAGUCCAAUAUAUGUUUCAUUAGUUGAUAUAUUGUGGAGGGGCCCGCAUCACGGAAGUUCUUUUUGUUUUCUACGAAGUAACUAUGGAGAAUAACACUAUGACGUCAAUAGCUGCUUACGAUCGUGAUCAUGCGCAUUAUUCCCAAGGGAGUGAGAAUGAGUUGAGAUUUCGAAUUUUGAAAAAUUAUAUAUCUUUCACCGCCAUUCCUUCAGACUUAGAAACUGCAGUCUUCUUAAGAUCAACAUAGAACCUUAUAUAUUGACAGGACCUUUGAUAUUGCGCCUUCUCGUGCGGGAACCUCGCGGUUACGAACCAUGGCAGCUUCACAAGUUUGUUUUGCUUCUCUCAUACUCCUCACAAGUUAUGUUGUGGCAUAUCGUAAGUUGAAAUUUGUUUGUGGUUUUGUCAUCCCUUCGUAUUAAACUGCAUUACCUUUGAAAUAUGAAUUCCCACAUAAUGUCGGUGUUUGGGUUUAAUAGGACGGCCGCUGGGAGAUUUUAUAAACCACUACGAGACUUUAAAUUAUGACACGGCUCCUGUUGUCCAGCAACACGGUCGAGUGAGGCGUUCAAGUCCAAACAGCGAUCAUGUGGUUGAAUUACACUUAAAAACUAAACAGAGGUAAGAACCAACGUCUAAGUCGUAUUCCAGGGAAUUUUGAUCCAGUAGAAACACUUCAAAGACGCAAAUAACUUUAAAGUCGUUUCCAAGUUACAUGCUGAAAGAAGGGCUGCGAUUACAUCUCCCGUCUUGCUUGUCUCCUAACUAAAGCUUCGAUUGUAUAUAAACAAUGUGAGGAAUUAAAUUCUUUAUGUUAUUAGAACCAAAGUCAUACUUUCUUUUAUUCAAAACUGACUUAACACAAAAGCUAAAGCAUAAUACAAGGGAGGUCCCUUGAGCGUAGGAGCACAGCAAUCCGUGUUAUAAUUUGAGGUGUGUUGUGUCUUUCUUCAUAGUAAACCUUGAGUAGUUCCCCAUAUGGAGUGCUAUUAUACUUUUUUAGACUUUUUUAGCUCUGGUAGUUAAGAACACUCGGACUUGAUUUUUCACGGACAUAGGCCAAGGGUGACUUCUUUUCUUCUUGCAGACCCCAUUUAAGUCAUGUCUCUCACAUAAGGCUUUCACUAUAUGAAGUAAUUUUGGAUUAACAAAGAGCAUGCAUCUUUAAACAUUCCUCAGGGUAUUGUACAUUGUUAAUUUGGAAACAUACAAGUACCUUCAGAUAAAAUCAUUUGGCUAAUAACAUCUGUCUACUUCCCCAUACAGAAGUCAUCUUAUAAUUUAGCUUACGAAUAUAUUAUUUUGCUGGUCUGAAGGGUCAUGUAAGCAUGCACAAUAGAAAGCAUGUUUCUCAAGUUUUAAUGCCCACAAUUAUUUUGUUGUUAAUGCAAACUGAAUGAUAUUGAGGUUGACUUGGCCACAACCAAGUGUGAAAAGGGCUUUAGGUAUGGGCAUGUGUUAGAGAAUAUGUCCUUGCAAAUAACCCAAGUGACAGCUCACCUGACAGCUAAGCAAUACACUACCAUUUGGGACCCUCUUUAGAUAACACUUGGUUGCAUAUUUAAUGGGGAUGAAUUGCUGAAAAAGGUCACUCAUUACUAUCAAAUUUGUUAGUUUAAAGUUAUUAUAUGAAAAAGGUAAUCAUGUUGGAUCAGCCAUCCCUUCUGUAAAGCAAUCCUUGUUAAGACCCAAGUUGAUUGGUCUGCAGGGUUGAUAUUUUACAGUUGUUUUAUAUAAACACUAUAUAAACACUAUGGUUUUCUUGUCACAGAGAUUUUAAGCUUCGUCUCAGAAGGGAUACAGAACUUUUUACAGAUGACUUUAGUGCAGAUGCUUACUUUGAUCCCGCUAAAGUGGUUGCAGGGGAUGUAGAAGGUACUUGAAAGUUGUGUGUUAUCAGUGUCUGAAGAACCUCAUUGCAUAUGCUGUAAAACGCUGCGUUACUUAUAAUCAACAACAGUAUUUAGAGGAAAGAGGGCAACAGUCUCCUUAGCUAGAAGUUAGUCUUUAUGGCAACCAAGCAGGAUCACUUCUUCAGGCACUUGUCAAAUCAGUCAACAAACACCCAAAGAGUUGGUUGGGGAAUGGUCAAAUUGAGCAUAAGUACCCAUCAAUUCCCUUCCAAAUUCCUUGGGGCACACCAAAUCCCAUCCAUAAAAAUGGCCGUAUAGCAUUAGUUUUAACCUUGCCUAAACUUCAAUCAAUUUAAAUUUUGUAGCACUCUUGUACCAGUACAAUUUGUGUAAAUCAACUUGUGUGGACUCUUUGUGCUUUAAUUUUCCUGCAUUUUGAAGCGUGUGUUAAAAACUGACAACUCUAUGCAAGUUCAUCACAGACAAACUACAAUGUGAAUAAUUUUAGGAGAGAAGUUAGCUUCAAAGGGAAUUUAGUGGUCAUUCAGGUUGGAAAAUAGAGACUGCAUCUCUCCACUUUCACCUCUACAAUCUACAUUUGUAUUUUAGUGGCUCACUUGCAUGAUUUGUUUAUUGUGUGUGUAUUUGAGUGUGUGAAAUCAUAUAAUUUCAGUUACAUGGGCAAAUGCCUUUAUGGAUUUUGUUUGAUAUGCACUGACAACAUAAUUUUUUUCUUGUUUUACAAUCAGGACACAAGAAAUCUCUUGUUCAUGGUUUUAUUUCUGAUGAUGGUGUCUUCGAGGGUAAAAUUCAUGUAGGAGAUGAUGAGUAUUUUGUGGAGUCCGCCAAGGAAUAUUUCAAGGAUGAGCCCAAUGACUUCCACUCAGUUAUUUAUGAAAGCAGAGAUGUGAAUUAUCCUCAUGCCUAUGGUCCAGGUUGUGGAGUAUCUGAGAAAACCAAGAAGUGGAUGGAUAAAGUUAAAAGGUACAUAUAUAUUGUACACUUAAAUAGAGACAUCUUUAUAACACUGGAAGUGUGGGAUAUGAUUCAUACUCACUUGACUCAUCAGCUGUUACUUAUCACUUUUGUAUAUCAAUGUCAGUGCCAAUACAUUAAGCUACAUGUGAUAGACUUUGCUAAUUUCUCAGCAUUUUUCACUUGUGGGCUGCCUUUCUACAUUUGUGGUUUUAGACUGAGAUGAGUGAUGAAUAAUACAUGUAGACUGAUUGAGAGACUUGAUACCAGGGACCUUUAACAUUUUGGCAUUAUUUAUUUCAAAACAAAUCAAAGGAAUUUCUGAAUUAUUUUGGAAACUGUUCAUAUACAUGUACAUGUAUCAGUAAUACAUGUAUUUGAACCUGCUCCCAGCAUCUUUGUCAUGCAAGAGAAACCAAUUUUAGAUAAACAAUAUAAAAAUAUGAUAUUGUAUAUUUGACAAUUCAACACAAAGAAGUGUUAAUUUGAAGAAACCAAGAGCAAACUGACAGUCAGAACCUCUUUGAUUCUCAAUUUUUACUUUUUGAUUGACUCAACCAGGUCAGCAGUGACAGAGAAGGUGGAAGUCAAGGAGGAUCACACCCAAUAUGAACCAGUCCUAUACAGAUAUCGCAGGGCAACAGGAGACAUUGAUCCUAAAAAGUUGUCUUGUACUUUGAAGAUGCAAGUGAGUAAAUUGUUCAAUUGAUAUCACACAAAUGGGCAUCUAGGUCCACUGAUUGUGUUAUUUUAAUGUUGAAGUACUACAAAGUAGUUACAAGGGUCAGUUACACAGCCCUGACCUAUACGAUUACAGGAAGUGAGCCAUGAAUUCCAUUAUGGUUUUAAAGCCUUUUUUCAUCUUUGCCUGCUUUAUUCCUAAGAACUAAUUACUGUAAUUGAAUUAAAUUAAUUGAAAUCAUGGUUUCCUGAAAUGUGAUUAGUUAUUUUGUCAAACAGUGAUUGAAGUAGUGAGUCUGUUAGUAUUAUUUUAAAUAGCAUUGUUCUUUACAAUAAAGGAAGCUAAUCACAUAAUGGUUCAAGUGUACUUUGUCUUUUAAUUAAGGAACCGAUUCAUGAGGUGUUUGUUUCUUGAUCAAAACACCUUUGGUAUUUUUCCUUGCGUUCAGUUGUUGCAUCAGUUGUCACAAGUCUUGAAAUCUAAAUCUCCUUGUAAAAGUAUUGGCAACUGCUCAUGUACUUUUCUGAGUAACUAACCUUUUACUUGUUAGAGAAGAAUAGCUGGUUGUAACAUUGCCAAUUAAUUGUCUCAUGUAAUAUAAUUUUGUAUCCUAAGCUUAUUAUACUUUUUCCAAAAUAUAAUAUUGCAACAAAAAACUUACCAAAACACAAUCACUUUACAGUGAUUGACAUUGCUAGUGUUUUUUUUUGGUAGUUUCAUGUACAUGUGCUUUAUGAUUGAUGCACUACCUGUGCAUGUUGGUGUUACAGUUCAAGAUCAUUUUGGAAUUCUGACAAAUUCAAACUUUAAGGAAAAUGCAAAUUUCCAGUGAUGAAGAGGUUACCCUUACAUGUAAUCCUUACAGUGCCUCUCUGCAAGAGGGAGUUGAAAAUUUUUUUAUACCAGUAUAUUGUUGGAGAAUUGGUAGCCAUGAAAUGGACAGAAAUCCUGUUCAAGGAGUUAUAGCACACUUAUUUUAGUGUUAUUGAGCUUCUAAAACUGGGAUGAGGUGAGACAGAAUGAAUCUUUCAGCUUCUAAGCUUAUUUUGCUUUAAUCUAUCAAAACUUUCAGGAAUAAAAAUCAGCUUCCUUUCAUAUUUAAACAAAAAUGAAAAAUGUCUCUUUUUGCAGCUUUCAUUAAAAAUGAUUGCCUUGCUUUGCAGGCCGAUCAUUUGUUUACAGAAAACAUGGCUGGUGGAAAUAAGGAGAGAGCAAUGUUACUGAUGGCAGAACAUGUCAAGGCUGCAAAUUCUAUUUUCAAAAACACAGACUUCAGUGAUAAUAAUAAAGCUGAUGGUAAAGUAAUCACUUAAUAUAUACCCUACUACACCACUUACUUGUUCAUUCUGAAGUUAGAUGAUGCUAAUAAGACAACUGACAUGUAUCAUCCUGAGUGCAGGCUACAAGCUCAAUGUUGUUCAAAUUCACUAUUUGGUGACCUGGAAUCAUAAGGAGGUGAAAAGAAACAACAUUUUGUUCACCUGGAAAUAAAACAAACACAAAAAGAAAAGACUAAACAUAGACAAGAUUGAGACAAGAUUUAAUCAUCAACUUUAACAUCUGGUGAUGGUUAUUGGAGUUGUAAGGGACCUCUCAAGACAUAACAUACAUUCAGACAAUUGAGGGGAAAGUGACAAUGUGAUAUUAAAGAAAAAUAAACACAAAAGCAUGAAAGACUGCUAAUAAGCAACUCCUUCAAUGCUGCUUACAUCUUAGAACUCAAAGAUCUAGCUGUUAGAUAGUUAAUGACAAUGUUCUACAAGGGCAUGCACUGACGAAAAUGACCACUGACCAAAUGAGGCUGAUGAUCUUCUUGUGUUGCCAGUAAGAAGUAUUUAGAAAUCUUGUGCUCUUAUAGGGCUUGGUAUAAAAUGCAACGCAAAUUUUUUUCCUAUCAGGCAUUGAAUUUCAAAUCCAGAGAAUGUUUGCCAAUGGGACUGCUGAAGCAAAUGAUGGAGGGAACCCUUACAGAGAUAGCAACAUUGGAGUGGAAAAGCUCCUUGAGCUGAACUCUGAGGAGAACCAUGAUGAUGUAUGCCUGUCAUACAUUUUUACCUACAGAGAUUUUGCAGAUGGUGUGUUAGGACUUGCAUGGGUUGGUGAAGCAGGUAAUAAGAACUUUUAUAUUAAGGGUUGGUUAUGUAACUCUAUUCCUAUGCCAGUUGCUACAGUGCCUGGGUAAGAUACAUGCUGUACAUGAAUGUGACCCCCUAAUUCCAUUAACAGUACCUGUUAAGGGCAUUGUUGAGUAUUGCAUGACAUUACAUUUGUUUUCAGCUAAAAAUCUUUGAUAUUUGGAACCAACAGUACCACCUACUACUUUACAAUACAUUUCAGAGCACGUAAAUUUUGACAUAACAUCGAGGGGCUCAUGGUUGUAGUAAUACCAAACCAUCGAUAUGGCUGAUCACUUUGAUAAAUCCAAAGACUCUUUCACAUCAGCAUCUGUUUAUUGGAUUUCUUACAAAAUCGAUGUACCACAACAUAUUUCUAAUACUGUUACAGCAGCUUCUUUUGCUUGAAAUUUAAACAUGUAGAGGAAUCCUGAAAUAAAAGCUGCUAUUCUGUUCACUCUUGUUGUCUAAAUGUUUCAAAUGACCACAGCUAGGUCAGUGCUGUACAUACUUCAUUGCUUUUUUACCUUCUCAGGUAUAAGUGUUAUUUAUUUUUCAUUUAUUAUAAGGUGGAGCUGCAGGGGGGAUUUGUGAAAAGGCUACUUCAUUUAGAGAUGGCAAAACAAAAAGUUUGAACACUGGAGUUGUCACAUUUGUCAAUUAUAACAAGAAAGUGUUACGAAAAGUCUCUGAGAUCACCUUUGCACAUGAAGCUGGCCAUAACUUUGGCUCACCAGUAAGUUUUAAUGAUGUCUGUUUGUAUUAAUUGGCAUACAUUGUUGCUGUAAUGAUCAUUCUUACUUAUACAUGUACUUGUGAAGAGUUUCUGGUAAACUUAGUUCAUUAGUUUGGGCAUUUUUUAUCAAAUAAUAUAGCUGUGGGUAAAAAGGGAUGAUGAACCAUUUAAAAUGAAAAAAGGAAAGGAGGAAAAAAGUUGUUCAUAAUACUAGCAAGCACCAUAGUCAAGAAAUGUCAUAAUUCCACAAAGCAUACCAGAGACAAGCAAAAUGGAUAUAGGACCCUCCACCCUCCACCCCAAGAGCAUUUGAACUCCUUCAAUACUAUAUACCCAUAAAAAUGUAAUGCCUAGUGGUUUUAUAGGGUGAAAAUCAGAUAGUUUUAACUUUUAGCCUGCAAAUUCAAGGGUCUGGCAAGGAUCUUCAAGAGGUGUCAUGCUGUUUCACAUCAGGGUGCUUGCCAGAUUGUCAUGGUGAUACCCAAACUUUUUAUUUACUGUAGGGGGUGAGGGAGGGGAAGUGGUUAACCAAAACAAUAGCUUGGUGAAGUUCCAGAUAACUGACAGUAAAUUACUCUCUAGAUGUUUUAGUCCUACUGUUCAUCAGUCAGAAUGAAUGAGAAAGCAUGGAUGUUAAGUAGUUAAAGUGUUGAUGUUGUAAGCUGGGCACCCUGAGCCAGAUUCCCCCACCCCUUCCGCAUGGAAUGUAUUUUUAAAACUACUUGACUGUGUGGAGUUUUUGUCCAGUUGUCUGACAACAUUUCUUUUUAAACUCUCAGCACGACAGUACUCCUGAAUGCGCCCCAGGAGGAUCUGAUGGGAAUUACAUCAUGUUUGCAAGAGCUACAAGUGGAGAUCAAAAGAACAACAGACUUUUUUCACCAUGUAGCAGGACAAAAAUGAACGAGGUGAUGAAUGUCAAGGGGCGAUGUACUGAAAAUUCCUGUUGCUUUGGAGGUAAAUAGUGCAGCAUUUUCUCCUUGUUUAGUGUGUUAUGUUUGGGGCUUUCACAUGUGGCAUGCUAUAAAAGAUAAAUUCAAGGCCAGUCAAAGGGUACAGUCAACAACCUGGAACAUGGUAGAGUUUGAUACAUGUAGAGCUACAUGUAUAAGCAACUGUGCUAAGAUUUAGACCUGUAUAUUCUGGCAUACAACUGUACAUGUAGGUUGUAGCAGCAGGGAUACAAGAGCUGGAAUUUGGCAGAAGCAGCUGUAGAGUUUUUCUAUUAAAUUGACAAGCUUUCUCUCUCCUGGAUUACUGAUAGUGAUGAAUACCAGUACUUCAUCUCAAAAGCUAAAGCUUCAAAGAAUAGCAUCUCAUCUACAAAACAUCUUUUUCUGUAACUCGUGAAGUGCAAAAUGCUUGGAAUUUCAGUGUACUUUACCAAGAAAAUAAGAAGAAAAUGUUGAACGAAAAAAGUUAUGUAAUGAUAAGAGCUGAGCAGCCUUAUAUCCUAUAAAGUGUAGAACUUGAAAGAAUGAGUUAUUAUGUUCUUCAACAUGUAAAGUACAACAAUAGCCUGUUGUGAAUCAAAUUAUCUUGACUAAGGACAGCAGCUAUUCUUUAACGAGUGGUUUUUGCACUUUGGUGUUGAAUUUUUUUCCUUUGUCCAUUUCAGAGGCUCAGGGAGCCAUCUGUGGCAACAAGGUUACAGAAGAUGGGGAGGAGUGUGACUGUGGUUAUAAAACUGAUGAUUCGUGUAAGAAGGACACAUGUUGUGUGGGUCGUGACACUCAAAGCAAAGGAAGUGGCUGUAAGCGAAGGGGAAAUGCAACAUGCAGGUCGGUUAAUCAUUUUAUUGUUUAACAUGCAUCUCAUUACUAAAAUGUUACCCACAAAUUUGAAUCAUGGUUGUGUAGUUGCUUGAUGGCCAUGGAUCAUUCUCUAAAAAACUAGCUGAAAAUUUCAUUUUGUACUACCACAAAAUGUCUCUGUACUGUAUGCUGUGAAUAUACCGAUACACAUCUGGAAAUAUAAUUAAAUUGAAACUGUCAUUUCUCUGAUCAUUUGAAUUGUGUCAGCUUAACAUUUUCCUAAUACCUUACUUAUUUCAUUGCAAAGACACACAGUGACUAAAUGGGUAGCUUACUGUACUUUAAAAGUACAGGUUCAGUUCCUGUCUGCACUGUAGAUUAUUCUGGAAGGUAAAUGUUGAUGGGCUCCAUUAAACUGUCAAGUGACCCUGAGGGAAUUCAGGGGUUUAACCUGGAAUUCAUACGUUAACAUCCCUGGGCCUCUAGUCCCUCUGUACAACUGAAACUGGGAGAAGCCCUGGCAGUAAGCUCAAGAACAGUUGUGAUGAUGUUUUCUGCUAAUCCAGUUAUGAGUUAAGUGUGCUGUGUCUUUUUGUGGGAAUUAGUGUUACUGAUGUGGAAUUUUAAAUUAGGGCCCACAAGUUUUUGAGUCGGUUGUAUUAGAUGAGGUUAUAUUUCCCUGGCAAAACUCUACACAUUAAUUUAUUCAUUGUGGUACAUUGUAGAUAGUUCACAGGAGCUUUUAAAGGUUACGAAUUGAAUAAAAGGUUACGAAUUGACUUUCAUUUGUUUAGGCUGUCAUAUUCUAGUUUCUCUUACAGAAUCAACCUCUUUGAUCAAGAGAUAAUUACUGUAACAGUCACCCUUAAGGAGAAAGAGCAUGUUAAAUACAUAUUUGUGUUCUUUUCCAGCCCAAGUGAAGGUCUUUGCUGCAGUUACAAUUGCACUCCACACAAACAAACUGUGUUGUGUCUUAAUGAGACAGAGUGUGCCAACCGUUCCUAUUGCAAGUAUCCUUUCUGUACAUGUGUGCAUUCAGCGUUGUACUUUAUUUCCAUAACCAUUCCAUUUCUCACGGCAUGUUGUCCUGGUUCGUCAAAAGGAGGGUUUUGGAUGAGCAGCAAUUGACCUUUGACCAUUAAAGAACCAGGUUCAUUCAAAUGCAUCAUUGACUAAUCUUAAGUUCCAAAUGGGUGGAUAGUGUUUUCUUUUCUUUUUAUUCUUUCCUUUUUUUAUUUUAUCUUGCUUUUUCAUGGAUGUAAACAAAGUUGAGAAACUAUAGAAAGCCAAAGAAGCGAGGGAGAACAACAUUGGGUCAACACUAGGCCAAUAUUGGCCCAAUACUAGGCCAACACUAGGUCAUUUUGACUGGACAAGCUUACAUGUAUAUAUUUAACCCUUUGCACCCUCCACAUUCCAUACAUUUCCUUAUAAGGAGAAGUUAAGUGUCAAUCAAGAGCUCCUGUAAUAGGUGCUCGUUUCCUUUACUCUCAUGAUUAUAAUCUUGGUUUAAGAGAAAUUUGAUGUUAGUCACCCCACCCACCCUCGGGGGCCAAAGGGUGAAGUGUUGCCGAAAGCUGGCUUAAAGCAACUUAUUUCAUAGGAAAAAAGAAAGCAGUCAUGGGUGGAGGGAAAAUGCUCAUGAAUGAAAAAUUGAAUUUUAAAAAAAAGCAAUUUAUUUCACAUGGAUAAGAAAGGCUGUCCCCUUGGUUAGCCAAUCAGGACAUAGAACACCUUCGUCUUACUCAUCCCCAUUUCACUCGUCCAUGGAUUUCCUUCAGCUGUACCUUCAUGCCAGGAAUUUUUAGUUUUAUGACACUAUUGACAAGGGAGGCAAACGAGGUUACGCUGUAGUCUUGUAAGUUUUGUUUACUCCAGAUUAUAUCAGUUGCAGCAACACAUUGCAUUUGUUGUUUAUGUUUGUUGUUGGUAUUUUCCUUAAUGUUUUUUUUUAAAGUGGAAUUAAUGCUACCUGUCCUGCUCCGGACCCUAAAGCCAAUCUCACCUUGUGUAACAACGGAAGACAAGUUUGCCUUCAGGGAGUAAGUUUUAGAGUUCUCGUUUGUGCUACUGAGUAGGAGUUUCGAGGUAGGGUGGUUACCUUUAUCAGAACUUUAGCAGGUUAGGCUGGUCUUUUCGUGAAGAAAGUCCAUGAUUAGACUGCAUUGUCCUGCCCUAUCUUCCAAUUCAGUAAUUGUAUCCUUUAUUUGGUGAUGAAAUGUUCAUAAAAGUUAUAAAAAAUAUUAAACUGGUUAACUGAUCUUGUCAGUCAGUGCUGAACAAAGAUGUGUUCCUUUCUAAUUUUAGCGGCCUCGGUCCUAGUCCUGGUCUCGGCUGCACCGACAGAAAAUCAGGAAAUUAUAAAAAAUUUUUAAAAAAAACAAUCAAACUUAGGUAUUUUUUCAGUUCUUCUCAGACAUGAAUUGUCGAAAUUCCUUCGAAACAAAUUUUCUCCGCAUUGAUUGAAGAUAUAUCAUGGGCUGUUCAGACUAAAACUACCGUACUUGAGUUUGUCGUCUGAGUACAAUGUUCCUUCUGUAAUUGUUAUCCUUAUUCCGCUGUUAGAUUAUACAACUCCCAUACAGUUUUUUGACACGUUUCUACAGCUGCAACGCUCGGAGUUCUGCAUGCUCGAAUUCCGCAAACAGUUGUAGAGUGCAGUAAAACGUUCGGUUGAGAAGUUCUGUCUACAUGGUAAACUAGCUUGUUAACCUGUGUGAUUAUUAUUGUGGUUUUUUUUUUUUUUUUACUGUAUCUGUAUAGGAAUGCAGCGGUUCAAUUUGCUUAAAGUUCGACAAGUUGGAGUGCCAGUGUACACAAGAAGAUCAUCUCUGUGAUUUGUGCUGCAAAGACGGUGAAAAAGGCACAUGCUUGCCGGCCAGUGAGAUUGAUGAAAUGAAGAAGGGAAAGAAUCUGAAACAAUUUCCCGGCGCGCCGUGCAAUGACUUCAAUGGUUACUGUGAUGUUUUCCUUAAGUGCCGCGCGGUGGACGCAGACGGGCCUUUGUCACGUCUAAAGAACAAGUUCUUCAGCAAGGAGGCCAUCAAGGGAUACUUAGAUUGGAUCAAGGAGUAUUGGUGGGCGGUGGUGCUUAUGGGUGUAGGUCUCAUUCUUCUCAUGGCAGGUACAGUGAACGAGUUAAAUCUCUGCCUCUCCAAAUAUGUUUUAGAGACUUCAGUGCUGCUGAGAAGUAUGCUUCAAAAUAAUGAAAGGGAUGUCUCCGCAAUUCAAAAGUUUGUAAGAAAUUAGAACUCUGACCGGUUUUAAGAUCCUAGAGAGGAACUCAAACUUUCGAAAUUGUCUUCAAAUGUUGCUAAGAUAUCGACAAAGGACACUGCCAUUUUUAAUCCUGAUAUGCAAAAUGACCACUUACUUGGCGAAACAAAGUCACGCCUCACCUUGUCUACAUGUUUGAAAAGUUGGGAGUUAGAAGCAUUCUAGCCUCAAAUAAUUAUUUUUAACGAUAAUUAGGGUGCUAGCUGUCGGUAAAACGCGCGUUGUGGUUUGACGUAUGCGGCCAGAUUACUAACACGUUUACAAUAAAGCGGCGUCUUAAGUGAAUCACUCCUCUUUCUGACAACUUACACUUUAUAUCGUCCUUCCUUACCGCUAGGCUUCAUCAAGGUUUGCAGCGUUCACACGCCGAGCAGUAACCCGAACCGAAAGCCACAUCGUCAGCUCACACUCCGCCGUCAACAACAACGUAACCGACCUAACCAGAGAGGUCGACAGAUGGAGCCAGGGAACCGAGGAAACCCCCGGCAUGGAUACAACGGAUACGAGGAUCCGCCACCGUACCCCGGGGCCCCCAUCCAAAUGCAUGGACGUUGACACGAUUUUUCAGGUGGCUGGUUUAGUAUUAGCUAAUUUGAUAACUAUUUGUACACUUUAAAAAUGGGCCUUUGUAUUUUUGUUGUUCAGUUGAAGUUCAAUGUUUACUCGAGCUUAACCCUUUAACCCUUAAGAUCUGCUUGUCAAUUCUCCCGUCUAGCUGCCAUACAUUUCUUUGUAAUCAGUUAUGAGAACUUGGUGCUAGAUCAAGAUGGCAGCUUCUACCUGAUAAGUUUGAAUAUUCUCAUAAACUGUUUGCCGAAGAAUGUAGGGAUAUUUUAGGGAGAAGUUUCAUGCUAAUCACUUGUGGGAGUUAAAGGGUUAAGUAAAGGUUAGUCCUGUUCACCCCUUUUGAAAUGUCACGCAAUCCCAAUUCGUCACGUUGCUGCAUGAUUGCUCAAGUCACACACUGAGAAGGAUUCACCUAAAUUUUUUUUGUUUUUUCUUUUGUGAGCUUGAAUAAGAAUGACAACAAUCGCUACAACGUUCAUGUUCACCGGCAUCGAUAUUGAAUAUUCGUGAAGAGACAUAUUUGCAUGUCUUUGCAUCUUGAAGGUUUUGGUGUAUUUUCCUUGAUUAUUAUUAAAUAUGUCUUUUUCAUUUCAUAGAAAGUCUGCAAAAAAAUUGUCUUUCCUGAGACCUAGAGAAAGUUAUCUAUAUCAAAGAAUUGGAAAGUAGAGAAAAUUAGUCUUAAAAGAAUUUCGGAAAAAACAGAAGAUUAUAUGACCGUUUUAGAUUGAGGUCGAACAAUAUACUAGGCAUGUGCGAUGCGAGCUCCAUCGCAGUCAGGUGAGCUUUGAGGUGUGUGGUGUACUUGUUUACUUGUAGCUUUUCUUAGUUAACCCUUUCACUCCCAUAAGUGAUCAAGACAGAAUUUCUCCUUACGGUAUCAACACAAUGUCAAGCAGACUAGUGACGAGAAUAAGAGAAACAUCAGUUAGGGGAUUAUUGGUUGAUCUAAGACUUAAUUCCCUGAACUAACAUUAUGAGAAGGGUAUGGCCGACAGUGAGGAGAAUUACUCAUGAGAUCUUGGGAGUGAAAUGGUUAAUGUACUGUAGGUGUGAAUCCCUUAGCCAUUGUUGUAUUGUUAAUUGUGGGAUGGGAGGGUGAUCACUUCCAUAACAUAGGAAUUUAUUUUGAUGUACAGGUCGGGAUAUCGCUUUUUUUAUGCGUGCAUAUUUUGUAGUUAGGGGCAUUUCAGAGAUUUGUUUAAUUUAAUUGUUGUUCAUUGUAUCAAAAAAAAAAUACAUGCUACCCUGUUAGUUGACAGAAUGCAAGGCCAACAACAUUUUUUACAAGAUAGUUUUCAAUGUUUAAAAAAAGUAAGGUCACGGAUAUUUGUGAACUAUCGCCACUUUAGUGGCCGUCAUUUAAUAUUGAUGAGAAGUUUGAUUUAGGCAGUAUCAGAUAUUUCUAUAUGAAUUUACUAUUUUGACCGGGUUUUUUUACUUACGAAUGUUGGAAAUGUCUGAGAUCCGAUUUUGGUUUAGUUAAACAACAUUCCUGAGCGAAAUUGCGGCAAUCUCAACUCUUUCAGGGACAUUUGUAAGUCGUUCAGCACGGUUAGAAUUAUUUAAUCCAUUCAAAUACUGCCCCUAAAAGAAGUUAAGCGCUGACUAGUCUCAAUCGCAUCGCUCCUAGAUAUUAUUCACAAAUAUAAAAUGUUUCUUCGAAUUUUAUAUUCUGGCUCUUCGUAAAGAGAACGUUUUGACUCUUAUUGACACUUGUCUAAAAGCUUGUCCGAUUGGUUCGUCUAAAAGCUUCCCCUAUUGGCUCGUCUAUAGCAAGAUCUGCUCUCUUUGCGUUUGGAGGCAAGACUCUCGCUCAAGGUGAAUGUAAGGGAAGGGAGAGCGUGAGAUCCCUAUUGCGCACAGCAAUCGGCGAGAAUCGAACUUAUACUCUCUUCCUUUCAGCCGUGUGCACAAGAUUAUGAUCAUUUCUGUACGUGUUUGUGGCGAAGAGGAGAAAUUUUUCCAAUUUCUUUUGAGUAGGAGAUGCCUAUGCAAGAUCAUUGGCAAAUUUCGUGGUUGGUGUUUUUUUUUUUUUCUGUUAUCGUAUUUCAGAAUCAUUCACUAUAAAGUUUUUAAGUUCAGACGAAGUUAUAGAUAUGUUCAUGUAUCGUGUGAUAAGUUUCGAGUAUCUGGUUCAAAGCAGGUCCUUUGAACUUUGUUUUUGUGUGAGGUACGGUAUGCUAAGACUGUACGACCAAGGCUAUGUCCGUACCUGUUUCCCCAGCCUUUUUUAACUGGCACAGAACCCUAAAUAUUGAUCUGUUCAUACGUUGAUCUUAGAUUUAUUAAGCAACAGGAUGCGCGUGCUUAGGACGCAAUGUCGGGACCGUGAUUGAAGACGCGAGUACCAAGGCUGACUACGCCUAGCGCGAAUAUUGGCAGGUUUAUGUUCUUUAUGUGAAUUAACUUUUUACUCGUUCAACCAAGAUUAAUUGCAGAACCAAAUCAAAGUUCUCCCUUUUUUUGACCUUUUUUUGUCCUGCGUCUUCGGAAGGGUUGGAAAAUUGACAAUAUUUUAUUUUCAACGUAGCUUUAGCUUGAAGAGAUGCUGCUAGUGUCCAGCCUUUUUCUCAAAUGAGUGCAACGUCCCAACUUGCAGUCGCAUCCUGUUGCUAAAACAGCGUGAUAUUAAAACAUUGAUAAGAUCCCGGGUUUAUAUUGUGCUCAUGAACAGUGCCGAAUUUUGGGGGGGAAGUUGGAAUGAAGCUGGUGCGGCCAUCGUGCUUGGCCACUAAAUAGUUAAACUGGUCGUUCUUUUGACGUUUUUUACGAGCGAUCAUUGCUGUCAGACGAUUCAUUGUUAAGUCUUGACCAAAAACUCUCUGUGUUGCUAGUACCUGAUCAUUAGGCUUUGCGUUACAAACACGGCUGAAUUAUCAGACUGACGGUUUUUAUUGGGCUGACCAUUUACGCGACUCCAUCGCCUUUAUUUUCAUCAAACACUCAAAGAAAUCAAAAACCGCCACAUACGUAGGCUACUAACUUAUUGUAGAACAGGUUUUGGAGCUCGAAAAGGCAGAAUUUCUACGCCAAGAAAAGCGGUCAAACAAAUAUUUUCUUCAUUCAGCUGCCUUUUUAAAUACAAUAUUUAACAACAUACUAUGUGCUUGUCAUUAUUCAAGAGGAAAAAUACUUAGCUUUUGUCAAUCAGUUCUAUAAGAAGUGCUGGCAACAUCCGUUUCCGUCAACCGGACGAAGUGGAUCGUUGCUCCACCGGCGUGGGGAAAAACACUCUAGUGCAAGGGUGGAUCCAAGGAGAGGACGGGGGGUCCCGAACUCUACAUCCCUCUUUGUGCGGGUAUUAUAACUACUUGUGUGAACAUAAAAUUCCCCCAAACGACAAGAUUGCUUUUCACUACUCGUGUUGUUUGAAUAAGUGUGAGCCCUCUCCAAUCCAAUAUCCCUGGAUCCGCCCCUGCCACAGUAUUGAAUUUUCCCAAUUCAAAUUGUUUAUCGUAACUGAAUCAUUCUGCAUGCGAGGGGAAAGCAGCCGAAGAAUUUCCCCGGAGUCUUUUUUACUCUAAUAAUAGCUUGUCUUCAUAUGUGAAUAAAGUUUUGUACAGCAACUCUUCUUCGUUGAUUGUUUGGGUCGAUUUAGUGUCCCUCAGAUUAUUGAUGGGCACGAUAUCUUACUGCGGUCCGGGAAAUGAGCCCACGCUCUUGAAAAUGGUAGAGGAAAUCGAACCCAAGUCAAUUUAUCAUCACUAAUUUCUUCUAAUCUAAGGGGGUCCCAUAGUGAUUUUGCUCAAUAUUUGCGCGCGUGCCAGCGUAAUGUUUUUCCAGAACAUUUUUAUAUUUUCGCUUUCCAUGGUCACUAAAAGC